UAUCUUCAGACUUGUUCCUAACCCGACGGAGAAGGAACAACAAAAACAUCGCCCCCGUCGUACCAUUAGCAAACAGAGUCGUGUGGUACGGUGGUAGAAAAGGCAGAUCCAGGCAGCUCGGAAGCAAGCUAAAGGUGCCAUUUUUUUGUCUCCGGCUGCACUACGGUAGAGAAACUGCCACGUUUGGAGUGAAUUGCGUAAGAUUAAGUGUGUUUGAAGGAUCAUUCAUUGAUGUGAACAGUGAGCUAGUGCCCCUCCUCAAACAGCAGUAGAAGUAGGAGAGUAUUGCGACUAUCGGGGCUCUCUCAGCAGCAUCUCUUGCUCCGUUGCACAUAAGGUCGCACCCGUCUCCUUCACUACCCGAUUGUCGGCUGCAAGGCCUGGGCAAACCCCUUUGACGAUCGCUCCACCCAGAUCAACUGUGACCGAAACCUGGGUUCUGAAACCAAGUCAGUGCAUCGCAAUCAGUCUGGCUUGAAGGCCACUUAUUGGAUGAUCCAUCAUCUUCUCUAUCAACUUAGCAGUUGAGCAAUUUUAGACAAACGCACCGGGAAAGUAGCGAUGGCGCAAGUUGGUGUUUUGAGUUCGGGCCGCAGUCGGUCUAUGUCACUACCCAAUGCUAAUCGCAGUGCGGGCCGACAACAGCGCGUACGUCGCGUCAGCUUUCCGCAAGAGAUCUGUUUCCACGAGGCGGUGAAGACGGGGGACCUGCGCGAAGUUCACAUCCUGCUCGUUGAUGGCGGGUUCGAUAAGAACAGCCUCAGCCAGAGCGGUAUCUCUGCACUGCAUCAGUGCUGUCUGGACGGUAGGUUAGCUCUAGUGACUGCAUUAGUUACGGCGGGAGCUGACGUGCACAAACGUGACGUGGACGGCUGGCAACCCAUUCACGCGGCCAGUGCCAUGGGCAACACGGAGAUCGUCGAGUUUCUUCUGGAGCAUGGCGCCAAACCGGACGCCCUGACGCCGCAAAACGAAACCCCCGCCGACCUGACGGAAGAGUCCGAUGUAUCCACACGGCGCGUGCUGGCCGAAUACGUGCGGAAGCUUGGCACCCGAGCAUCAUUCGCCAGUGCUGACAGUGGUCUAGCUAUGGGUGAAGACUCAGGCGACGAGGACAAUCUUGCCAAGAUCGCACCUUCGACCAUCCUCAGCAAAAUCGAGAAGGAUAAGUGUGAGGAAGAUACGGAACGGGUCAUCACCUGGCCCCUACGUCACAACUCCGUACACAGCGAAAUGCCGAGCAGGCACGCCGUAGCAACGAGGCCUACGGAUGGUAGCCGAGCGGGCAAGAGGCUGGAUCGGAUUACGUCACAGCCGGGAUCGGAGGAGAGACUACCGUCCUACACGGAGGCAAAGGCCCUGACCCCAGCCAUGCGUUUCUCUGCAGUUGAGAUAUCGCCCACGUCUUCAACAAGAGUAAGUGGCGUUGUCACAGCAACCAGUACAGUACAGCGUGGUACCGCGGCAAUGAUCAAGGAGGCACGAGAGGGACGAAAAAAGUCGCAAUUUGACGAUACACCGGCCCUGUCGUCGGCACGCAUUCCCAAAGCGACGAAACGACUAAGUGACUUUGCUGAAGAGAUUUUUGUCUGAGAUUACAAAAUCGCUCUUCUGAUACCAUACGAACAAUAUCUAAUUCAGGUAGUCGCUGAGCUUGAAUCCUAAACUGUUGAUCCAUUCUUCAUACGACAAUUUUAUUUUAUCAAUUUUGACUACACGAUGUAUCCGUCAGGGCCAUCACAAUCAUAAGUAUUUCAGGCCUAGAUAACACGGAGAAUACACUAGCUUAUCACGUACAUGUAUAGCUAACGUAGUUCAAAACGCAGAUAAUUAUCGUUUUUUUGUGCAAGAACCAGAACCACGCAGAAGCCGAUCGUGCUACGUACCAUUCACACCAUAAUCAAUAGGUAUCACAUAUUUUUAUUAACCCGAUUUAUAACAACUUCAAUGAAGCUUCUUCCAAUCCGGAGAAGAGGUUAAUAUACAACUGAAAUAUCACUACAAA